UACCAGUACGUAUGAUGAGUAGGUAACUUAUGACGAGUCCCAUGACAGACUCGACCAGCAGGACCCACCCGGUGGACAGCGGAUGGGCUUGGGUGGUUCUUUUCGGAUGUACCUGCAACUUUGCCUUGAUUGUCGGGACGAUCAAAUCCUUUGGAAUAUUUUUUAUCGAGUUUCUGGAGAUGUUUGACGCAAGCGUGUCGAUGACGUCAAUGAUAGCAGGAUUGAUGCAGGUGACAUACAGUUUCUUCUCUUUACCUAUCAUGACGAUAGGCCUUCGCUACACGAGUCCUCGUCAAUCCGCAAUCUUUGGCGGAUUAUUCGCAACUUCGGCCUACGCACUUGGAAGUCUGGCCCAAAAUGUCAACUUCCUCCUUUUCACUCACGGAAUAUUGUUUGGGAUUGCUUUUGGAUGUAUUCAUGGACCGAGCGCCUAUGUUAUCGGGCAAUACUUUGAGAAGAGACGUAGCUUAGCUAAUGCCUGUGUGACAGCGGGUGGUAGUGUUGGCGGUCUCGUACUUCCACCGACAUUCGAGAUCCUGAUUGAGACAUAUGGUCUUCGAGGUGCAUUACUACUCACAUCAGCAAUCAUCUCACACACACUGAUUGGUGCCAUGUUGUUGCGUCCAGCAACGUCUUACAGUCGACCAAAGAAACCAGACAUUAGUGUUACAAAUAAAAAUACAGAAACAGUUGGUCUCAUCGCUAGUGGUCAAGUCGAACAUAUCAAAAACGAGUCACCACAGUUGUCCAAGAAGGUCUAUUUAAGAAACUUUCCGAUCACUCAAUCAAAUUUAACAGAAAAUGAAGCUGACUGUCAGCAAAAAACGUUAGAGCACUCACAAAGUCCUUUUGGGAAAUGGCCUAAUAGUGAUGAUAAAAGAGAUUCCAAUGAAGGUAAUCAUGACAAAGUUGCAGGAUCGAAUAUCAUCGCCGUGGAAUCUCAUGAUUAUGUUGAACGCAUAGAACAUUUCAAAGAACAGUCAGACGACACAGACGUCGUUUCUCUGGCUUCUGAAUCAAACGGAACAUUGAAAACAGCAAGAAAGGAUGCGCGAUAUAGCUCAUUUGCUAGUCAUGCAGACCUGUUCACAGCCUCUUUAACAGAUGUUUCUCAAAUGCAGGCUUCUGCUGAUUUCACGGGACACCGAGCGAAUGAUGGGACAGAUGACGAGAAUAGCGAUAAACACUCGUGCUUGUCAGUAAUCCACAUCGAUUUCUCACUACUGAAGAAUCCAGUCAUGGUAAUGUUUCUGUUUGUCUAUUGCUUGGGAAGCAUAGGGUCGGCUUAUGGACAUAUCUACAUUGCGGUUCUAGCGCGCGAUGUUGGCAUUAGCACCAGCCAGAUCACGUUACUGGUUUCUUUGUUGAGUGGAUGUGACAUCGUUGGGAGAUUUAUCUGCGGCAUUGUUGUUGAUAGAAGGUGGAUGACCAGUUCAGGUGUCAUCACUCUGUCCGUCCUCAUAACUGGGAUUAUGAUGCAAUUAGCUUAUCUUUUUCAAGGUUUCUGGUCGAUGCUAUUUUAUUCAAUCAUCCAUGGCUUAUUUGCGGGAGGAAUUUUCGCUCUAACGCCAACCAUAUUAAUAGAUUUACUUGGUUUUGAGAACUUUCGAAGCGCUUUGGGAAUAGCAAUAUUUUCACAAGGAUUCGCGCUUGCUGCAUCUGCUCCUUUCAUAGGCUUCUUGCGGGACAGGACACAUACGUACGUCUCAUCGUUCCAAUUCAUGGGAGGCUGCAUGAUCAUAGCCGGGCUGGUGUUAUUACUAAAACCAAUCAUCAUUCGACUGGUAUGUGGACAGAGAAGCAAUGAUGAACAAAGUGUGCCUCGUACUUAACAGAAAACACCUUCUAGCGUGGCGAUACUUGAUUGUUAAUUCAGUAAAAUAGCUGUUUAAUAGGCAUGUCUUGUGUGAUCUAUAAAUAAAG